GGGUUAACCCAGUAGUCGCAGCUUCGCAUGGGAAGAGAGCUCAGCUCGCUCUUAUCAUGCUUCAAAUUAUCUCAACAAAAGAUAAUCAUAAAAUCAAGAGAUUCAAUUAGAAGAAUGCUGAAAAUAUGGCGCAAGACAGCACCUUCGAUCUCGUCCAAGAAAUCGCCAAUUUUAUCGACAACUACGAGUUCCAAAACUCAAGGACACAUCUAGACUCCGAAGGAUCCUCUUCGACAUCGUCAGAUUCGUGGUCGCGAAGAGUCUGUCAAGUUUGUGGAGAUGACGCUGGACAACACAAUUAUUACGGUGGUCAAAGUUGCUCCGGAUGUCGUGCUUUCUUUCGAAGAAUUGUCCAAAGGGAGAUUCAAGCCUUUUUGACUUGCGUGGAGGGAUCCCAAGAGUGUAAAAUCGACAAAACUACCCGUCGCAGAUGUCAAUUUUGCCGUUUUCAUCGGUGCUUGUCCAUCGGCAUGAGACCUGGUUGGGUUCUUUCGGAUCAUGAACGCGAACGGAGAUAUCAAAAAAGUUCCAGUGGAUCAAAAGCGGGGUCAAUGGUGUCUCGGACAUCACCCAAAUCUGGCCGAAUGUCUUUGUUGGUACUGACAACAAAUGACAACACUCACAUCACAGCCCAUAUGAAAAUGAUGGACGAGCACUUCACGGCAAGCAUGGAUGCUGUUUGUGAGCAAAAACAGGAUUUCAUUAAGAAAAUGGCGGUGAUGAGCUACUUUGGUGGACAAAGCGAUUUCGAAUUCUAUCAAGAGUUCUAUUCACUCUGCGACAACUUCGUUUUCCAAGUUAUGGGCUCUGUCCCAGAAUUUCGAAGUUUGCCGCUUCAAGAUCAACAAGAACUGGUCAGGGUGAAUGGACAAUAUAUGGUAGCGCUCAAAUAUGCUGUAUCCUUAUAUGAAACCGAUUGGUGUUUUGUCUAUUUUCUCGAGAAGGCAUUGAGAUCUGGGAAAUUUCCAUACCUCAAUGAGUUUGCUCAAGAACUUGACGCUUUCGGGAUGUCUGAGCAUAAACCCAGACUAAUGUACAGUCAAGUGUUCUCGUCACCUUGGGCAGCAAGUGCAGCAGAUGAGGCCAGACACUUUUCAUUGGUGAAUAAAAUGCAAUCCUGGCCACGGAAGGAUAAACUUGAUCCCGUGGACGAUGUACAGAUGAACCUUCUCAAGCUAAUAAUUUUGUUCUCAAGUGAAUUUGUGAAUCUUCAACGUCGGGAUAUUGUGGAACAGGCCCAAAUGAAGUUCAUUGGAUUGCUCCAGAAGUACAUGAAAUUCAGAUAUGGGUCGGAGGCAGGUGUUCGCCUGGGAAAUGGUCUCAUGAUUCUAUCCUAUGCCAAGGAGACUAUCGAUAUUCAGAAAAGACGCAUCCGAAUUUGAGCAAAACUGACUCAUGGUCAUUGCCAAAAUAUCUCGCAACCUCGCAAUUGGACAAAUCCCAGUUAGGCAGUUGUAAAGACCUAUCAAAUAACUCAUAUGCUGGCAAAUUUGAUUGCUCUCAAUAUUUGGUCUCAUCAACAUCUACGCAAAAUCAAUUAUCAGAAUAUACUUUAUGCGUCUUACAA